GCUCGCUAAGCUAGCUGCGCUUACUUUCGCUUUCACACGGUCGGCAGCGCCUCUCUGGAACCAGCUGGGCUUCCUGGGAAACGAAACCAGCCGCCGUGCUCUCGGUGUUCGCUGUCAGAUGAAGAUAUUCCACAACUGUCUGAGCAGGUUUUAUAACUUUACACCCGCUGUUUGUGUUCAAUAUUAACCCUUAAAAACAGACACGGAGCUAGCUGGUGUUAGCUCCCCGGUGCUAGCAUGGACGGCGUGAGGAGGAGCGAGGAGAGAGGAGCAGAGAAGCUGAUGGAUGAAUACCUGAAAACGAUCGACCUGCACCGGAAGAAGGUCGCCAAAGACGGAUCGUGUUUGUUCAGGGCGGUGGCGGAGCAGGUGCUGCACUGCCAAAGCCUGCACACUGAAGUCAGGGCCAAGUGUGUGUCGUUCCUGAAGGAGAACCGAGAGAGCUACGAGGCGUUCAUUGAAGGAGACUUUGAGGAGUAUCUCUUCAAACUUCAAGACCCUCAGCAAUGGGUGGGGGAGGUGGAGAUCAACGCUCUGGCCGUCAUGUACAAGAGAGACUUCCUGAUCUUCCAGGAACCCGGAAAGCCGGCCGUCAACAUCACAGACAACAACUUUAAAGACAAGGUUCGGUUGUGUUUCCUGAACGGGAAUCACUACGACAGCGUUUAUCCCGUCAGCCACAUCAAAGACGCCGCUCUCUGCCAGUCCAUCCUGUACGAGGUUCUGUACGACGGCGUGUUCAACGUGGAGCGCGGUUCUCUGGGUUCCUGUCAGCGGGUCAGUCGACAGUCUGACUUCCUGAGCGACGACAACAUGAACGCCUGCGUCAGCAGCAGGACGACGGACCUGGAGACCAGCGAGCCGCUCUGGGUAGAAAAUGGAACGAGCACGACGACUACGAGACACAACAACCAGAGGGGCCGUGGGCGUGGCCGUCUUCUUCCUGAGAGGGUGAGGCGUUCACUGAACCCGACUCUGUUCAGGAAUGUUGAGUACGACGUCUGGCACAAGUCCAAGAGAGCUCAGCAGAAGAUGGAUUAUUGUAUCGCUGCCGGGAUGCAGUUCAUUGUAGGAGACCGCUGUCAGGUUCGUCCGGAUGGAGGUGGGCGGAGCUACAGCGCCACCAUCAAGGAGGUUUCUCCCAACAACGGACCAGUGACCGUUUAUAUAGAAGAACUGGGAACCAGGAAACAGGUCGCUCUGUGGAGUCUCCGUCCUCCCAACGACGAGAGCAGCUGGAGCACCGUGGUGAACCGGGACAAGAGGCUCAGCAACGGACACGGAGAGUGGGAGGAGAGGGGUAGAGGAAGAGGCCGAGGGAAGAACGUGGUCGCAGCGGCAGCAGCGGCAGCAUCAUCAGCAUCAUCCCCCGCCUCGGUUUCCAUGGCAACGGCCCCGGGCUCCAGCGGGCGUGUCCUGAAGCAGAACUCGUGGCCCCCGCAGGCCACCGUAGAGGAGCAGGCAGGGACGAAGGCCACCAGGAAGUCUGUGAGCUCCGUAGACGCUCCGUUCGGUCUGACGGAGAAGCAGCGUUUGGCCAAAGAGAAGGAGGAGAGGAACGUGGCGCUGGUGGAGAUCCAGCUCAGAGACGAGAACAGCUUCCCCGCCCUCGGAGGUGACGGAGGGAAGAGGAAGGCUGCGGAGAAGAGACGAUACCAGAAUACCAAGACGAAAAGUCCGGUUGAAGACGUCGUUUCUUCGUCUCCGUCUGCUGGAGAAAGACCCAAAUCCUCCACCCCUCCUCCUGCAUCCGCUGCUGCUGCCAGUACUACUGCGAGUUCUACUGCGAGUACUACUGCGAGUACUACUGCGAGUACUACUGCGAGUACUACUGCGAGUACUACUGCGAGUACUACUACGAGUACUACUGCUACUACUGCUCCCCCCAACCCCUCCCUCCCUGCUGCCAAACCUCCUCCUGCUGCUCCGUCUGUACACUCACAGUCGUACGCUGUAGCUACUACUCAGAUUUCUCCUCCUCUUCCUCCUGCUGCUCCGAGCAUCAAACCCCCGGUCUCCGGUGUCACAGUUCCUCCCUCCGUCCCGUCCUCUGCCACCUUCUUCCUCCCCCCUGCUCUCGCCGCUGCCUCCUCACCCCCACCUCCCGUCUCCUUCUUUUCCUCGUCUCCUCCCCUCUCUCUUCCUCCUAAGUCCUCCCCUUCGCCUCCUCCCUCCUCGUCUCUUCCUCCUCCCACUUUCAUCGCCCCCAUUGCUCCUUCUGCCGCCGCCGCUCAGGGCUUCCUCCCUCCUUCCUCUCUCCCCCGUUCCUCCCCCAGUCCACCCUCCUUCCCUUCCUCCUCUCUUAUCCACCCGGCUGCUCAAGUCCGUGAGGCUGCUCCACCUUCAGCACAGAGUUCGUUACCAAACAUCGGAGCUCCUCCGUCUGCAUCUCACACCUCCCAGUCCCAGAUUCACCCUCCGAUGCCCCCAAACCAGAACCAGAUCUCUGCGUCCCAGACCCGGACCCAGACCUCCGUAACCCCGGUAGAGAACCAGACCCAGAAUGCCAAGAUCCAGAUGCCCCAGAUGCAGACUGAAGCCCAGCAGCACCAACCUCAGUCCCACGUCCAGGUCCAGGCCUCUGUCCUCCAGCCCCCCCUCCCUCUGACCCAGUACCCCCCACAGUCCCAGUCCGAGGUGGCCCAGGUCCAGUCCUCUCAUCCGGGUCCUUCCUCUCUGCAGCUCCAUUGGUCCUUCCUCUCUGCAGCUCCUCACCUCCACCCCCAGCCUCCUCACCCCUCCCAACUCCCCCAUCCCUCCCCCUCUCUCUCCACCCUCCAGACCCCCAACACCCAGAUCCAAACAGAGACCCAGCACCCUCAGCCUCACCCGCCUCAUCACCCCCAGCUCCAGGCAGCACCCCCGCCUCACCCCCAGUCCAUCCCAGUAGGAGCGGUCCCCCUGCAGCAGCUCUCCCAGCUCUACCAGGACCCCCUUUACCCCGGGUUCCCUCAGGGGGAGACGGGGGAGAUCGCUCUGACUCCCCUCUUCUCCUCCAGCAAAUCAGGAGACGACCUGCCGCAAGAUCUCAACAUCUUGAAGUUUUUCUUUAACUUGGGCGUCAAGGCCUACACCAUGCCCAUGUACCCCCCCUGCAUCUACCUCUUCCCCCUCCAGCAGACCCACGCCAUGCACCCCGGCUCCCCUCCCGCUCCCCUUCCCCCUCCCCCACCCCCACACUACCCCCCUCCAGGCUCCCGGAGGCCUACCCUCACCCCCUCACCCUCCGUACCCGCCCACUUCAGCGUCCAUGCCGCCGCAGUACGACCACCAAGCCCCGCCCUCCGAGCCCCCCGCCCCGGUGACCCCCACUUCCCCCAGGCCGGGUACCCUUACUCCCAGCCUCCACCCCACAGGAUGCCCUCACCCUCGUCGUCGUGGCAACAGCACCAGAUGCCCCCUCAGAGAAACCCCAGCUACCCAGGCGGGUAUCCCAACCCAACUCAAUCAUAUCGGGCUACCCCACCCUUGUCUCAGGGGUACCACCAAGCUCAGGGCCACGGACACCUGAUGUACCCCCAUUACCCCCCCUCCUCUCUGGGGUAUCAGUCCUCAUCGGCCCCUGAAGACCUCCAGGCGAGUCGGGACCCGAUGGAGCAGCGUCAGCCCUCCAACGGGGACGCUAUGCACGGCAGAGUCCCGGUUCCUCUGGAGAAUCCGGCUGCAGCUAACGUGGCUAAUGCUAACAACAACAGAACGGUGGUGGUUCCUGGAUUUGCCCUCAAGAAGGAGCAGGGAGACAGUUUGACCCGAGCAGUGCUGCUGGUGGACCCGCCGUUCAACAACACACCCAUAAUCACGCUGGUUUCAAAACCCGACAUCAAAGACGUCUCCAUGACGACCAUGAGACCCGGCAGCUCCCCCGGCUCGCCGUCGCCUUACGACAUCAUCUCCAAGACGCCCGUCUCCGUCGACAACAACCCCUCCCGCGGUUACCGUGGUUACCGAAGACAACCUCCCCCCACCUACGUCUCUCUGGGGCCUCCGGAGCCGAGCCAGGUGGGUUACAUGCCCAACGUCAGCAUGGCGGAGUCCCUGUCGGUGGGCUGCAGCACCGAGGACGACUGGGACGAGGCGGCGGGAUUCAAACCGACAACCCUGAACCACAGAGGGCCGAGGAGGAGCCACCGGGGCGGCAGAGGGAGGGGGGGCUACGAUGCAGGGAGGGGGGGCAACAGGAGGAGGCACGGAGGAGACGCGGACUUAAGCUACAUGCAGUUUAGCCCCUCCCACAGGGGGCGGGGCCGGGAGAGAGGAUACUAGCUCUCAGCCAAUCAGAGGAGAGGACACUGGAAGGUGAUUUUGUUUGUUUUUCUUUCCUCGCUGCUGAAAGUUAAGACGAAAUCUUUAUCACUGUUAUGUCUCGAUGCAAAAAAAUUUACGCUACUGCUAUUAGCCACUUAGCAUAAAGACUCUAGUCCUUAUGCUAAGCUAAGUUAACCGUCUUUAGCGUAACGUUUACCGUGCACACACGAGCAAAAUCUAUUUUAUCAUCUCACAAUAUUUACGACAAAAUACAGAAGCUAUCAGCCAGUUAGCUUAGCAUAAAGACUCUUGUCCUUAUGCUAAGCUAAGUUAACCGUCUUUAGCGUCAUGUUUUCCAUACACACGAGUGAAAUUUAUUUUAUCAUCUCACAAUAUUUUCCGACAAAAUACAGAAGCUAUUAGCCAAUUAGCUUAGCAUUUAGUUAAGCUAACUGGCUAAUAUUUUCACAUUUCGCCAUACGAACAUGAGUGCAAUCCAUUUUCUCAUCUAACAACAUUUCCCUCAAAGAAAAUAUAGAUAUUUCUUUAAUAGGAAGUAAAGUGUCCGACUCUCUAGCAUCCCCUCGAACGCUUCGCAUGUCGGUAAAUACUUCAAGCACUUCGGCUAGCACUGUGAGCUAAACGCAAACAAUUAAAGCGACAAAACUGAGAUUUAUUAUAAUAAAAUCUAAUUUUUUGAACGGCUUUUUUGAGUUGAAUUGCUGCUGUCUAAAUGACUCUGAUUAAAGAGUUUUUUGCGGACUUUAUAUCUUCGGUGUUUAUUUUUUUAAUGGCUGCUCGUGUCCUUUUAUGUAUUCGUCUCUCUGGUUUAUUUUUCGUUCCCUCGUCUCGUUUAAUCAACUCUAGAGAAUCAGUGCCUUACUUUUGCUACUUUUUACCGAUUCAUUUGUUUUUGUUUUGUUUAUUCUUCCGGGUUUGAGAAUCACUGCUGUACAGAACUAAAGGCUGUUUGUGUUGGAUUUUUUCUAUGCGAUUGAUUAAAUAAAACUUUGGUUCAGAUAA